UCUGUCUCUGAUGUUUCUUUCUACCUACCUGGCCUACUACUGUAAUUUUUAAAAACAUAAAGUAUCUACAUACAUUACCAUUUCUUUCCUCACUUCAUAUGAGAAUAUAUUGUUCGCUGUACCCUUAAUAUUUUUUUAUGCAAACUCUGAAUUUCUAACUAAUUAGUCCCUCGUAAAAACAAAUCAACAAUACACGAAAAUGUCUAAUAACUUAAACCCACUUGAAGGGACUGCCCAUUUACUGGAUGAACUGGACAAGAAACUUAUGGUGUUGCUACGAGAUGGAAGAACAUUGAUCGGUUACUUGCGGUGCGUGGACCAGUUUGCUAACUUAGUUCUACACAGAACUAUAGAGAGGAUACAUGUUGGUCGGGAGUAUGGUGAUAUACCACGAGGAAUUUUCAUUGUUCGAGGCGAAAAUGUUGUGCUUUUGGGAGAAAUUGAUAAAGACAAAGAAGACAAUUUGCCCUUGACUGAAGUAUCAGUAGAUGACAUACUAGAUGCACAAAGAAGAGAACAAGAUGCCAAAAUAGAACAACAGAAAUUAUUAUCGAAGGCCCUUAAAGAUAGAGGUCUAAAUUUAUUAGCUGACUUAGGACAUGAUGAUAUGUUUUAAUUGUUAAGUAAAUACUUUAAUAUUAACCUAUUGAUAUAUCUUUUUUAAAAUAAAU